CUCUCUCUCUCUCUCUCUUUGCCAGGGGAGUCCCUCCUCCAGUUCCCGGGAGCAGCAUCAGUUUCCAAGCUCUGCACCAGGCGAAGAGGGAGGGAGCCUGCCUUGGAGAAAGGCUUCCCAGAGAUCCGAAUCGCCCUCUUUCCAACCUCGUCCUCAACUGAUAUAUCAUUAAGACCUGCCUUCCGUUUGAUGGGAUCCCUAAAGCCUGGAAGAAGGCCAUGUGCGGUGGGCGGCGUUUCUCCUGAGAAGUAGUAGUAUCUGUAAGUCCCGCCGCGCCUUCUUGAAUGAAACUCCUUCCAGAGAGGAGAGAGAGACGCAAAGAGCCCCGCGAUUCAGCCUUCCUUCCUCGACAGCUCAGGCUUCCCUCAAGCGCAGCCUCCCCGACCUGGCUGGAGACAUGGAUCAGGAUGGCAUUGAUCUCCACAGGAUCUCCCGACAGCCGUACACGGAUGGUACAUUUAAUGGGGUGGAGUUUCUGCCAGAAGAUUUUGGAGACGCUGCUCAUGAAACAACAAUGAGAGUGAAUGACAAAUACUCCAGUUUCCCUCCGGAGGAGAAGGGAAUCCACAUUAUCAACAUCAGAGCUAUUGAAGAUAUAGGAUAUGUUCGCACAGAAAGUACGAUUUUAAAUUCAUUCUCACAAGAUCCAGAUGCCAACUGCAAAUAUGGACUCUAUUUUAGAGAUGGGAAAAGGAAAGUGGAUUAUAUCCUGGUUUACCACUACAAGAAGUCCUCUUUCAGCAGAACACUCACCCGCCGCAUCCACCUCAAUGAUUUGGCACCUCGGAGCAUCAAACAAGAGCAGCCGCUUCCUGGCAAAGGAGGGCAGGCUAACAUGGAUGAAAGUGAACCACACAUGGAUUACCAUGAAGAUGACAAGAGGUUCCGCAGAGAAGAGUAUGAAAGCAACCUUAUGCAAGCAGGCCUUGAGCUGGAGAGAGACGAAGAUACAAAGAUACACGGGCUUGGAUUUGUAAAAAUACAUGCACCCUGGAAUGUAUUGUGCCGGGAAGCAGAAUUUAUGAAACUGAAAAUGCCUACAAAAAAGAUGUAUCAAAUUCAUCAAUCACAUGGCCUUCUGAAAAAAAUCAAUUCUGUAAUUCAGAAAAUAACUGAGCCCAUACAACCUAAAGUGGCAGAACCCAAGCAUCAGACAGUGAAACGCCUCUCCUACCCCUUCUCCAGGGAGAAACAGCACUUAUUUGACCUCUCUGACAGAGAAUCCUUUUUUGACAGCAAAACUAGAAGUACCAUUGUUUAUGAAAUAUUGAAAAGGACUACAUGCACCAAAGCCAAAUACAGCAUGGGGCAAGGAGAGGGAAGAAAGAAGGAACCUAUCCUUUUAAAUAAAAGACGGAAAUGUGAUAAAUAUGGAAUCACCAGCCUGCUUGCCAAUGGCGUUUACAGUGCUGCAUAUCCCUUGCAUGAUGGUGAUUAUGAAGAUGAACAUGUUGAGCCCAAUGACAGAAAACUCCUUUGUGAGGAAUGGGCAAGCUAUGGAGUCUUUUAUAAGUACCAACCAAUUGACCUAGUGAGAAAGUACUUUGGUGAAAAGAUUGGACUGUAUUUUGCAUGGCUUGGAGUUUAUACACAAAUGCUUAUUCCAGCUUCCAUUGUGGGGAUUAUCGUGUUCCUUUAUGGCUGUGCAACAGUCGAUGAGAAUAUACCAAGCAUGGAGAUGUGUGACCAGAGAAAUAAUAUCACCAUGUGUCCCUUAUGUGACAGAACAUGUAACUAUUGGAAAUUGAGCUCUGCAUGUGCCACGGCUCGGGCAAGCCAUCUCUUCGAUAACCCAGCAACUGUCUUCUUCUCAGUCUUCAUGGCUCUCUGGGCUGCUACAUUCAUGGAACACUGGAAGAGAAAACAGAUGCGUCUGAACUAUAGAUGGGACCUGACUGGCUUUGAAGAAGAGGAAGAUCAUCCAAGGGCUGAGUAUGAAGCAAAAGUAUUAGAAAAAUCACUAAGGAAAGAAUACAGAAAUAAGGAGAAGGGCCAGCAGUUGCCAGAAGAGGCAGCAAACAAAUGGCAACAAAGAGUUAAGAGAGUCAUGGCUGGGGUGAAAUUGACUGAAAAAGAAAAACUGACAUGGAAAGAUCGUUUUCCCGCAUACCUAACAAACUUUGUGAGCAUAAUUUUCAUGAUUGGGCUGACAUUUGCUAUUGUUUUUGGGGUUAUCAUUUACCGAAUCUCCACUGCAGCAGCUUUAGCCAUCAGUUCCUCUCCUAGUGGUCGAUCUAAUAUUAGAGUUACUGUCACAGCAACUGCAGUGAUUAUUAAUCUGGUGGUGAUAAUAAUCUUGGAUGAAUUGUAUGGCUGCAUAGCCAGGUGGUUGACCCAGAUUGAGGUUCCAAAAACAGACAAGAGUUUUGAAGAACGUCUUAUCUUCAAGGCCUUCCUUUUAAAAUUUGUCAAUGCCUACACUCCCAUUUUCUACGUUGCUUUCUUCAAGGGUCGGUUUGUUGGAAGGCCAGGACAAUAUGUCUACAUUUUUCAUUCAUUUCGAAUGGAAGAGUGUGCUCCAGGAGGUUGUCUAAUGGAACUGUGCAUACAGCUCAGCAUUAUUAUGUUAGGCAAACAGUUGAUUCAGAACAAUCUUUUUGAAAUUGGCAUCCCCAAAAUGAAAAAAUUAAUUAGAUACUUAAAACUGAAACGACGUCGACCUGUAGACCAUGAGGAGUAUAUGAAGAAAAAACAGCGCUAUGAAAUAGAUUACAAUCUGGAACCUUUUGCUGGCCUUACUCCAGAAUACAUGGAAAUGAUCAUCCAGUUUGGGUUUGUAACACUGUUUGUUGCAUCAUUUCCACUGGCUCCCUUGUUCGCACUACUGAACAACAUCAUUGAAAUACGUCUGGAUGCAAAAAAGUUUGUUACUGAGCUUCGGAGGCCAGUGGCAGUUCGAGCGAAAGAUAUAGGAAUAUGGUAUAACAUCCUCAGAGCUGUAGGAAAGCUUGCUGUGAUCAUAAAUGCAUUUGUGAUCUCAUUCACAUCUGACUUCAUUCCACGCCUCGUGUACCUGUAUAUGUACAGUGAGAGUGGCACCAUGCAUGGCUUCGUGAACCAUACACUAUCCUAUUUUAAUGUCAGCGAUUUUCAAGAAGGAACAGCUCCAAAAGAACCUAUGGAGCUUGGCAACCAAAUAUGCAGAUAUAAAGAUUACAGAGAGCCUCCAUGGUCUGAAAAUAAAUAUGAAAUUGCAAAAGAUUUCUGGGCUGUGCUCGCAGCAAGAUUAGCAUUUGUAAUAGUGUUCCAGAACUUAGUAAUGUUUAUGAGUGACUUUGUGGACUGGAUUAUCCCAGACAUUCCCAAAGACAUCAGCCAGCAAAUUCAUAAGGAGAAAGUUCUGAUGGUGGAAGUCUUCAUGAAGGAAGAACAGGGGAAGCUGCAUUUGCUAGAAACCUGGAGGGACAAGGAUAAAAGGAAAGGUGAAAACUGUAAUAGCCAUAGCCCGAGAUCAUCCAUGAGCCAUAGAGGGAGUGUAUCUUCCUGUCAUUCAUGUCAUGUUGAUGUGUAGAAGAGAAAGCUGUCCUUACUGCUGGGAGCAUUCCAUUCCUAAACAAGCCAUUACUUAAAUAAUAGGACUUGAUCCUUUGACAACCUGGUGCAUGUUUAAGCAUAUGCAACCAUUUUGCUUAUAUCUAUGUGAGAAAUAACAUUCUUACGACAAAUGGAGGACCAUAUUUUGUUUCUGACAAGACUUUUUCUUUUUUGCACAAAAUGUAAUGCAGGGAUUUUUUUACAUAUAUAUAUAUCGGUAUGAAAUAUCUAUAUAUUACAUGAUUAGCUUAUAUCACUGUUUUUAUUUCUUAAAAAUGCAGGUAGGGUUCUAUAGGAUUUUCUCUGAGAAUUUUAUUUUAGCUUAUUUAUUUUUUAAAAUGACAGAAAAUAAGAAUUAGAUGACAAGUAUUGGAAUAAUUGUGGACUCUCCAUUCUUGGGAGAUUAAGAAUAUGCAAAAAAAAAAUACAAACUGUGUACUGCAGAAUGCUUCCUUGCAAGACUAGACAGGAAAACUCUGGGCUUGCACCUGCUGUUGUUGUUUUUUAUAUUUUUGCAAGCAGAAGUCUUCUGGGGUUUUCUUUGUCUGUAUGCUGAAUCCACUGUGUUUUCUCUGAAGCAAAAGAUGUUGCAAGAAUGCUUUAUUUUUCAUUUGGAGCUCUUAGUUUAGUAGAACUUUUCAUAUCAACUGCACUUAACUCGCUCUAAUGACCAAAAUGGUCCAACUAGCAGCAUUGUUACCUUCAUCCCAGCAUUACUGAGAGUUGAUCACUUGAAUAUCUUUCAUUUUCUCUUACCUGGAAGAACUAAGAAUUGGUGGAACAGCAUUUAGUUUAGUAAUCUAGAGUAUCCGGUGCACAUUCCAGAGGGGGUCCAGAGGACAAGAAGGAAUAUUAGCAACAGCACAAUUUCCCCAAGCACUGAAGGGCCUUUUAAAAAACUGCCCAGAAUUAAAGAGCACACGCAGACAUCUACAAGCAAACUGCACUGCCCACCACAAACCUUGUUGGUGAAGGAAUACACUGAGUAAAUGUGUUCCCCAAGCCAUUGUGUUCACAUGUCAUCCCUGCUCAGUAUGCUCCACAAUUGCAUUCUUCCAAUCAUCAUGCAAUUAUUAGAAUUUCAUUACCAGAACACCAUUGUGGCUGACAGCUACUUUUAGCUCAACAAUUACAGUGUAGCAACCCAGUUCCAUCAGAAAACCCGAUGAGCAUUUGGAAUGUUUGCUUUUACUAGGAUACAAUAUGAGGUCUGUAAUAAUUAUGAACAGCAAUGAAUAGAGAGGAGAAAAUGCUCCAUCUCUCAUUGUGCUUGAAUUCAGGCACACACUUUAGAAAUGAACUGAAUAGGUUCAAAACAUAAAAAAAGGAAAAUUCCCACAAAAGAUAUUAUGAACAAAUUGAACUCCUUAUUGAAAGAUGCAGUGGUAGCCACUAGCUGAGUUUAUUCUUAAACAGGCUUCAACAAAACUACAUAUCGCUCUAGCAGUGUCUAUUGCCUAUGAUAAUCAAAUAAACACCUAAGUUGUAGGAAAUUUUACUUUUUUGGACUACAGAAUCCCACAACCUGACUGAUGGCUCUUUUCUGUAGGAUUCUUGGACUUGUAAUCCAAAAACGUAACACUUUCAGAUUCUGCAAGUGAGAGAGAAUAACUUUGAAUCUUGAGUGUUUGAGUUAUACAAGAUGUGAGGGCUGUAGUUUUAUGCACCACCUGCAGACUUAGCAGCAGUUGAGGCUCAACAUAAUGACAGAAAUAGCAUUAGUUGGGGAAAAACAGGCUACAGCAUUUAUUGAGUACAGCUGACGAGACUUGGCAUUAGCACAGGUUUGGAAUCAGAUGUUAGUCAACCUGCCUGCCAACCAAUGGAAACCAAUCACCCAGACUGCUUGCUAGCUGUGGCAACCAAUGCCCCCAGCCUGUCUGCUAGACAGAUCCCUGAAAUGACAGGCAUGGGAUUUCAUGUGAGCAGAAGCCACUGUGUGAUUCUCUUGCCACCUAGGGUUGGAAAACAACCAUAUCACCCUGUUCUCUUCCCCAAGAUCCCAUCAGUGGACCUCCAAUUGGGUUUGACAAGCACAUCUUUCUUCCCUAUAUCAGGAGCCCGUCCUAAGACCAUCCAAACAAAGAUUUAAAAGUCAGUAAAGAUUAAACUAUGCCACAACACAAAGCCACAAGAACCUGAACAGGAAAAAGAAAAUGAAGAUAGGGCAGGGAUGAAUUUCCCAAGUCAACUGGUGAGGGGAGCUCUGGAAUCUAGCCAAGAUGCAGAACCUUUGCUUUUGGCUUCUCUGGUUUUUCCUGCCAGCCAACCAGGCGGGUUGACUAGUUUCCCUGACCUUCCUGAGAACUAUGGAAACCUUGCAUCCUCUUCAGAAGGAAAAGGUUCAUGGGGUCUCCUGCCUCACUCUGCAUCAAGUCAUUUUGCAAAUAGGGCUCCCUUUUAAAGUUGGGGAACACCCUUGUAGGCUUCUUGAGUACAUAGGUUUGGCCUUUGCUGGAACCAGGAUGCUAGGCUUGGAAGCUCAGGGUACGAUAUAGCAGGGAGGUAGGUAGUUAGGUUCUGCACUCACCUUUUCAGGGACACUUUCACAAUCUUGGUAAAAGCAAAACUAGAGUAAAGCUCUAAUCUCUUGUGUCUUCUUCCCCUUACUUUCUUUUCUUUUUUGCGUUAUUAUCUGUUUUUGUAAUUCCAUUUGUAUGAACUUUGCAUACUUUACAUUUUAGUAGAAUUAAGAGUUGUUUACAGUUGUCUUCCAGAUAAGAGCUUACAGCAGCUGUUGCCAAACAUGGCAAUGAAAGGCCCAUAAGAACUUCUAAUUCUUCCAGGUUUUGUAUUACUCUGUCCUUUUCAAAUAUCUACAGCAAAAAGCAUAAAAUUGGCAUUCAGCCUGCUUUCAAAAGGUAGUGAAGAUCCUGAUCAUAUAUCAUGACAGUUUGUAAUAUGCAUCAUCUCAAAAAGCAGUGGGUGAAAAUAAAGAAAAGGAAUAUGAAAAAGAGUAAACAAUGAACAGCAAAAAGGUUGUGGAAAACAUUCAGUUCGGGGGAGGGGGAGCAAUAAGCCAUGUAGAGGGAAGGAAAGUAUACCAAAAAUAGUGGGAAAUGAUACCCAUCUAUAAAUAUAUUAUAGUUUGUUACAUAAUUAUUCCAAAAAUUUGAAUAUAUUUGGUUUGCUUCCUUGUUUAUCAAAAGGUCAAGAUUGUGUUUGGGGUUUGUUGAACAUAGACUAGUACGUCUCCAGCUUUGAAUUCCAAAAUGACCAAGUGUUACCACAUGGUUUGUUUCUCUGUCAUUGGUAGGGGUUGUUGGGACAAGACACCUUGGGCCCAUCCAGACAGGUCAUUAAACCAAAACCUCUCUUGGUUUUACUGGAAAUGUUCAAAAAACACUUCCAGUAAAAUAGAAUUAAUUCGGAUCAAACCAGGGUUUCCCUGUUUUGAUCUGAAUAUACCCCAUUAGGUCCGGGCCUUCCUGAAAACCUGGGUCUAAUGGGGUGUUGGGCCUGUGGGGACUCACCCCCAGGUAGUUCCAGGACCAACUGGAAUUACCUAGGAGUGAGUCCCCACAACCAUCUUGCACCUUUUGGGCUCCUGGAGCCCAAAAGUGUAGGAUGACACCCACCCCUCCCCUCAAAACAAUCCUUUAAAUUUAAAAAAACUUACCCGACUGCCAUUAAUGUGGUCCUUCAGUCCUCCUGACAUGUAGAAAUGGCAUGCCAGGAGGAGUGAAGGACCACUGUAAUGGCAACUGGGUACGGUUUUUAAAAAAAAAUAAGGGUGGUUGGGGGGGGGGGGGGGUUCAGUGUGACUGGAUGCCAUCCUGGCAGUUAUCGGGAUGGCAUCUAAAUACACACACACACCAGGAAAGCCUGAAUUUGGCACAGAUUUGGGCGCUGUCUGGAAGUGCCCCUUUUCUUUUUUGAUAACAUAUAUAUAUGGUCUUGGGAUAGAGAUGGAAAGAACAAAAAAAAAUCAGUUUACUAGGCAACCAUCCCAUACUCUUCCCGCUAUUGCCAAAUGCUUGGCAGCAAAUGCCACUGGUGAUCAAGUACAGCCAAGCAUAUGACAACAUCCCUUCCAAUAACAGAGGAAAACCAGGAACAAAAGGAGUAUUACAAACUUAGAGCUAGAGCACCUCUGCCAAUUGUAUCUAGUGUCAGACCUGCUGCUUAGGAUAGGAGUUACUAAAUGCUACAAAAACACAGUAGUACAGAAUAAUAGCCCAGUCAUGCUGGGAAACAUAAAGAUGAAAAUAGAAACAAACCCCCCAGUCUUGGCCCAUACACAGUAGAAAAGUUUCCCCCCCUACACCUCUCCCAAUUUGUGCAUGUUUUUAUAAGGAUCAAAUCCAUCUUACCUACAGCUUGUAGCUGUGACCUCGACAAAGGUCUGUUACUUCAAUCAGUGCAAAAUUCAUUUCUGAUAUGUUUUUAGACAAUGUUCUGCCAAGUUAUAAACUGCAAAUGUUAUAUCAUAUUAUUCAUUAUUCAUACAUUGUAUACGUUGGGAAUACUUUUUUAUUUUUAAUUGUAAGUGAAAUCAAAUUCACUUUCAUUUUACUUAGAACAGCCAAUGUCUGGAUAUAUAUUGCAAGCUCACCCAAUGGUUACUUACAAAACCAGUGUGAAAGACUGUUAUCUUUCAAUAAAAUGCUUUUGUUGCGAAAUCAUUUAGAAUAAAAAUCACUGCAUAGUUUUGUAACAUUUGUUUCAAUAUGAAGUAUGCAAUAAAUUCUAUUAUUCUUAAGAUGAUUUAUCCCAAAAAUGUUCUGUAUGUGGAAGUGAAUUAUGUUUAAAAAUAUUAUCCAAACAUGUUUAAAAUAUCAAUCUAACCAAAGAUUGUUCUUAAUAAAGGGCUUAUUUUGUUUAUAAUUGUUUCGUAUAUAUUGAAUUACAGGAAUAACACUUGUUUAAAAUUAAAAACCAUACUUAACUAACUUUUAUUCUAAUUUUAGUUAAUCUUCCCUACGUUUAAUAAUAUAGGACAAUAAAUGUAUUUUUAUUUGACCUAACAACUGUUUUUGCAAAAGUAAGAAAUGUAUACAAAACAGAACCACUCCUGCAUGUUCAAGCUGAUUAUGGCUCAUUCAACCAACCUGUAUGCAUGGACAAGAAUGUACAUAUUCAAGAAUUUGAUAACACAUUACACGAAGAUGUUGUCCAGCCAAAGAUAUUUUGUAACAGGGUGGAAGGUGACAUAGCCAUCCUUAAAUUGGUAUGAAAUUUGGGAUAUUUCCUACUGUUGUUUAAUAUAUAUUGCAAGUGCACAAUAUCCUGGACUGAAUUCAAAAAUGUUUUGAAUUAUUCUAUACAGCAAUCUGUGUCAGGUAGACCAGAGAGUACAAACAGUCUAGUAUUGGCCAAAAUAAAAUCUCCCAAUCCUGAGAUCCUUACAACAGGGAAAGAAUGUGCCACCAUCCAGAUGAACCUUGACAACAUUGAAGGAGAUGGUUGAGAAUUAGCCCCCAACAUAUAAAUGAUAUGUUUAGAGUGCAUACAUUUGAAUAGUGAACAUGCCAAAUGCACUUGUUGUAUUAUGGGUGCAUUUAUAUGCUUUUCUCCUUCCUAAAGGUAAACUACUGCUGGCUACUGGUAGUAGCCAGAUUUACACAAUGCUGUUUGGAUGAUCCUUCUAUCAGUCAUGAGACCAUUUCACUGUUCCACCUCCAGUUGUUUUCUUGCACCAAUUCUUAAAGUUAAAAAGAAGAAAUGAUAUUAAAGCAGCAAACGGACAUUUGGGGAGAUAACCACAAAGCUCUCAAAAGCAAAGAUAAAGCCACUAGCACUCCUGAGACAUGAAGCUGGGCAAGAAAAAAACAGUGUUAGAGGAAGAAAAAAUACAUUCUUUAAGGAGCAAAAAGGAGAGAACUUAUCCUGAGGCAAACCAGCCCGACCCACUAUCUGUUUACAAGGGCAAACUUAGAAUUAUUCAUAGCAUUCAGAAGCAGCAGUAGCACCAGAAGAUCAUAGAAUUAGAAAGCAUGCUAUGAACCAUCUGGUCCAAGUCCUUGUAAAUAGAGGAACCCACUACAUCCAAGCUCUGUUUAAAAACAACAUACAUAUUUAAAAGUGUGACUAAAGAUGACCACUUGUUUCUAUGGGUGUAUCUAUACUGUAGAAUUAAUGUAGUUUGACAUUAAUAAUUGCCACGGCUCAAUGCUAUGGAAUCCUGGAUAUUGGAGUUUGGUGAAGCACCAGUAUUCUUUGGCAGAGAAGACUAAAGGAUUGUAAAACUACAACUCUCAUGAUUCCAUAACACCGAACCAUAGCAGUUGAAGUGGUGUCAAACUGCAUUACUUCUUCACCUGCAUUAUAUGGUCAGUGCUGAUCCAUAUAACGUAGUUUGAACUGCACUGAAAUGCGUUAUAUAGGUCUACACUGACAAUAUAAUGUAAUUCAAACUGGAUUAUAUUGCAGUGUAGAUUCAGCCUAUGUUCAUGUUCAUUGAAUUGGCAUAAGUAUGAAGAAAGCAGGCAUAGCAUGCAAAAGUUUCAAAGUACCAGCCUCUUAUUUAUACAAGAGAAAUUUACAUCCUUUAUUAUUUUCAUCUUACUAUUGCUUUCCAUAGAAAGUUUACAUUUGUGUAAAAUGUAUACUCAGCUAUUAUCACUCAAUUUUUUCACUAGAAAACAUGAUGAACAUCCUAUACACUCACGGAAAAUGAUUUCUCUAAUGCUUGUUGAAAUUUCAGUUCUGUAAGUGGAUGGAUAACCCAAUUUAGAAAUACAUUCUGAAAUGUAAAGGGUGGAAACUGAAAUUACAUUUUUGAAAACAUCCUAAUACUGACAUUCCUAUAAAUAAGAAAUGUUUAUGAUUUUCUGAGAUCAUUAAAUAACAAAAAAUGCUUAUGCUUGUUUUAUAGUUUCUUUUGUAAUAGUUUUUUAAAAGCUUGUACAUCAUGCAGUAUUGCUGUAUAGAAAAUUAUAUAAUGCACUUUUUCAUGGAACGUUUUUUAAAAGGAAAGUAAAUGCGUAUAAAGCUUUUUAAAGGUU